GCCUCUUACCGCAGGUGUCUGGCCGAGGAGGAGGAGGAGGGAGCUGCUGUGUUUUGUGCCGCCGUAAAGAAAGCUAAAUCCUUUGCAACAGGGUCUGGAAGAUACUCUAAAGGAUAAUGGAAGAUAAAAGGCAACGAGCCAGAGUGCAAGGGGGCUGGGCUGGACCAGUUAAUAGCAGAGCAGCUUCUCGUGCAGCUUCUGGAACUUCCAGUCGCAGGAACCAAACCUUUGCAAGCACAACACAGUCCCGGGUGAGAAGAGAGGAGCAGCUUCCAUCUGAAAGGCAGUUUGUUUUUAAAGCCCCAGAAGAGGUGGUGCGUAGACCCCCAGAGCCCAAAAGAAUAGAGAAUCAGGGUGUGUAUGAGAUCAGCACAUCGCCAUCAGGAAUAUCUCGGAUUCAUUUGAUUCCUGGCUUCAUUGACUUAAACGAAGCAGACUGGAUGUUUGAACAACUCCUCCAAGAGAUCCCCUGGAGGCAGAGAACACACAUCAGGCAGGAUCUGUCUUAUGAUGAACCCAGACUCACAGCUUGGUAUGGUGAACUUCCAUAUACUUACUCCAGGCUUACAAUGAAGGCAAAUGCUGAUUGGCACCCAUUAUUGACCAUGCUGAAGGAUCGCAUUGAAGAUUUCACGAAGCACUCCUUCAACUCUCUGCUGUGCAACCUAUAUCGAAAUGAGAAGGACAGUGUUGACUGGCACAGUGAUGACGAGCCUGAGCUGGGAAGAAACCCUGUCAUUGCCUCCCUCAGCCUUGGUGCCACCCGGGUGUUUGAGAUGAGGAAAAAACCUUUGCCUGAAGAAAACAACGACUAUACUUAUGUGCAGAGGGUGCAUAUACCACUGGAUCAUGGGACACUGCUUAUGAUGGAAGGAGCAGCUCAAGAAGACUGGCAGCAUCGCGUACCCAAGGAAUAUCACUCCAGGGAAGCCCGUGUAAAUCUGACAUUUAGGACAAUGUAUUCAGACUCUGAGGCAGUGCGCACAUGAAUGAAAUGUUCUGUGGUACUGUGCUCUUGCUGUGAGGCCAGAGAUUAAUGCUGGUUUGGGUGAGACAAGCCUGAUUUCAGUUCAGUAUUAUGAUGCCAGCAUUUGAAGGGAGAGAAGAAAGAGGCUGCUAUAAUGAGAGCCUGUAACGGUCGCAAGUUCCCAGUGAUGAGUGAUGCCUUUUUCUAGUACUGUUUGCUAAUGUGUAGUGCUUGGUGGUAAACUACUUUUGUUUUAUUGAAAAACAAAUUUCCCUGUAGAGCAUUAAUUUUAGUAUGACUGGUUUGAAUCACAUAUCUUGAGUUCUUGUUAAUCUGCAAGCACCACUUUUAACAAGUUUUCCCUCAGGCAAGCUGAGAGAGGAUUUUCCUGACAGGAGAAUGACUACAUUUGGGCUUUUUGUUUGUACUGUGCUGCAUAAAAAUUGGUUAUAUGAAUAAGAAUCUUCUCAGUUAACCCCAGAGGGAAUAAUCAAAGCACAACUUGAGGUACUGCAGUAUCACACAUAAGGCCUGUCUCCCAAAAACCUGUAUGUGAGCACAGUACAGUGGUACCU